ACCAUCAAAUCCAAUCCAAUCCUGCACGAAUAACAAACGUAUUUAAUGCUUAGCUUAUUACAGGAGAAUAACAGGUAAGGUUUCCGUGUUAGUUUGAGGAAACUGAAGUAAACAGAACACCUCAAUCAUCGACCAGAAGACGAGAAGAUGUCUGGAAAAGAAAGGAUCGACGUGUUCCCCUCCAGAAUGGCUCAGACCAUCAUGAAGGCUCGGCUAAAAGGUGCACAGACUGGCCGCAACCUGCUGAAGAAGAAAUCUGACGCCCUCUCCAUGCGCUUCCGUCAGAUCCUCCGCAAAAUCAUUGAAACUAAGACUAAGAUGGGAGAGGUGAUGAGAGAGGCUGCUUUCUCAUUGGCUGAAGCCAAAUUUGCAGCCGGAGACUUCAGCACAACUGUGAUCCAGAAUGUCAACAAAGCUCAAGUGAAGGUCCGCGCCAAGAAGGACAACGUGGCAGGUGUCACCCUUCCAGUUUUUGAGCACUACCAAGAAGGCGGAGACAGUUACGAGCUGACCGGUCUGGCCCGAGGAGGAGAGCAGCUCUCUCGGUUGAAGAGGAACUACGCCAGAGCCGUGGAGCUGCUGGUGGAGCUGGCCUCCUUACAGACAUCUUUUGUCACUCUGGACGAAGCCAUCAAGAUUACCAACCGGCGUGUGAACGCUAUUGAGCAUGUGAUUAUUCCCCGGAUUGAUCGCACCCUCACCUACAUCGUCACAGAGCUGGAUGAGAGAGAACGAGAGGAGUUCUACAGGCUGAAGAAGAUCCAGGAGAAGAAGAAGCAGCUCAGGGAAAGAACAGAACUGGAAAUCGCGGCGCGUCUGGCUAAGCUGGGUCCCAUCGCAGAGCCCUCCAACAUGCUGACGGAGGUGACCGAUGAAGACCUGCUGUUCGAGUGAAACAUUUCUCAAUCAUCCUAUUUAUUGUGUGCCUCCGAGGCCAUCUUAAUGUCUUCUCAUCAAAGUGAUUUUUUUUUUGUGCGUGUACUCGUCUGUGAUGAUUUGUUUUGUUGUUUCAGCAAUGGAAGGUCGUGUGUGUGUGCGUGUGUGUGUUUCCAGAUUUGUGACUGUACAGAACCAAAGUGUCGUCAAGCUUGUCGGUUAACCCACAAGGGAGUCAGCUCACUAUAAUGAAAUCAUCUAAAUAAUAAGAAUAUGUAUAUGUUGUACACAUGCUCUGUGAGUUAAAUUUAAAAGUGCGUUCCUUGUGAUGAUCCGACUUGUCGAUACUUCCUGCACAACAUUUAGAGCCAUUGAUUGCAUGCUGUAAAGCUUCAAGUGGUUGUAGAGUUCAAAGAGUUUGUGAGCCUGUGCUGUGGAUGAUCGUCCAGCUGCUGACCUCUCAUCACGGGGUCGUUGUGACCUCAUCGAGGAUGUUUACCAUUAUACCUGAAAAAAAAAAAACCUUAUAUGACCUAACUGUAAAAAACUUGGUGUGCAAGUCCACAAAACCCGACACUUCAUCCCAAUAAACGUGUUGUCAAUAUCCAA